UUAGCAAAAAUAAUUGCAGCUGCUUUAAAAAAAUAAAAAUGAGCGUAAAUCGGAAAUAUAUGCGCAAUUUACUGCUUAUAAUAAUAAUCGGCUAUAGCUUCUACUACUUUAUGCUGAGAGCCACGCAGGAGACGCCGGAGUCUGCACAUUCGGAUGUGCAGCAAGGAUAUUUUGUGAACACCACAGGCUGCCACAUGUUGGCCCUGAAACCGAUGCCAUGCAACAUUGGUGAAUAUCUGAAGCCAAUGCAGCUGAAGCCUUGCCGCGGCAAGAGUCUCUUUCGAGCCGAGACUGUCGAGGGGUCGCAACUACUUGAUGUUGGCCAAAAGCGAAGCGAACAUAAUCAGCGCAUGCAAUGUGGCAAGCAUCGAGAGCAUAAGCUGCAAGUACAAGCGCGUUGAACGCCGCAACGAUGCAGAGAACAGUUACAGCAAUGCGAGUGUAUUCAGGUUGCAGCCGAAUGUGGCAGCUUAUGCUGUGGCAAGUGGCGCGCUGAUAUUGCGGCUCAAAUGUUUUGGUCGACACGAAGCUUUGAUCUAUCACGAUGUGCAUUUCUUUUUGCCUGCUCCAGCUCCGGCAGCGAAUCAAACGCAUGGCAAGCGACUGUCGGUUAUGAUCUUGGGGUUGGACUCCAUGUCGCAUAUGCAUUAUCUACGCAUGUUGCCACAAACGGCGUCAUAUGUGCAGCAGCUGCCACAUGUCGAAUUCUGGGGCUACAAUCGUGUCGGGCGCAAUUCGUAUCCGAAUCUGGUGCCUCUGCUGAGCGGACUGAGCGAGCAGCAGCUGGCGCGCAAUUGUGAGAAUUUUAAUGCCAGCUAUGAUGAUUGCAACUUCAUAUGGAAGCAGUUCAAGGCGGCGGGCUAUAAUACAACCUAUGCCGAGGACAGUCGUGGCAGCACCUUCAACUACGCCAAGCCGGGCUUCAAACAGCCGCCUGCGGACUUCUAUCUGCGUCCUGUUAUGGUCGAGAUCGAUAAGCACACGCGCAGCAGUGUGGACAAGGAGGCGCUGAUACACUGCAGCUGGGAUCGCAGCUAUGGCGCAGUGCUGCGUGAGUUUCUCUACAGGCUGCUGCCGCACCUGGCAGCCGGGCCGCACUUUUCGUUUUUCUGGGAGGUGCAGGGUGUGCACGACUAUUUCAACUUUGCCCCACUGCUGGACGCGCACUACACGCGGCUGCUGCAGCAGCUGCAAGCCGCGGGCGUGCUCGAGCAUACGCUGGUGCUUUUUAUGGCUGAUCAUGGGAUUAGACUUGGCGCGUUUCGCAACACUGGCCAGGGCAUGCUGGAGGAGAAUCAGCCCAUGCUCAUUGCGCUCUAUCCGCGUUGGCUGGCCGAGGCCUAUCCUUUGGCCCUGGCCCAGCUGCACGCCAAUGCGCACAGUCUGGUCACCACCUACGAUUUGCAUGCCACCAUGCUGGAUCUGCUGGACUUGCAACAGCUUGAGCAGACACAAAUCCAAGUGCGCACUGCUGCCCUGAGCAAUGCUCGCGGCAUCUCCUUGUUCCUGCCCAUACCCGAUGAGCGUGACUGCCAUUCUGCUGGCAUUCCCUCGCAGUUCUGCCUGUGCCACAAGCUCAGCAGCAUCUCCACCAACGAUGAGCGAGCUCAGCGUGCUGCGCGUUUUGUGGUCAAAAGCAUUAACAAUAUUCUAGAGGAUUACACGCUGUGUCAUCGCCUGAGCCUGCAUGAGCUGCAGGCUGCCUAUCUCUACGAUCUCAGCCUGGACAUAGAUCAGUUCGAAAUCAAAGUGAGACUGCGCACUUGGCCUGGCCUUGGCGGCUUUGAGGGCACCACCAGAUUCACACACAAUUCGCUUACACUAAUUGGAGCCAUCAUUCGCACCAAUCGAUAUGGCAAUCAAUCGUAUUGUGUGCAUAAUUAUCGCAUCGAAAUGUACUGCUAUUGUUUGUAUCAAUAAAGUUUAAGCCAAGC